AAUUAAAUUAUCCGUUUUGUUUGUCCUUCAGAUCACAGAGAUGGGCAAGGACUCGCUCCCCGCCUGGCUGCACUGGGACGCCAGCAGCAGAGUCCUGCAGGGUCUACCUCUGGAGGAGGACAAGGGCGUCUAUUACAUCUCGGCAUCCAUCUCCAACCACACAAAGUCCUUGUCUUCCUCGGAGGUGUUCUCCAUCGAGGUUCACCCGGAAGAUCAUCUGGACUCGGACUCGGCCCAGCUGGCGUCCAACCAGGCCUCGGGGGAAGACGACGCCCACCCGUUCGCCUGUAGCAACGAGGAACCCGUCACGGUGCUCACGGUGAUCCUGGACGCCGAUUUGACCAAGAUGAGUUCAGUACAGAGAGUGGAGCUCCUGGAUGACAUGCAGAGCUUCUCCAGGGUCGGGCUCCAGCACAUGAAGAUCCUCCCGGUGGUCAACAACCGGCUGUUCGACAUGUCUGCGUUCAUGGCCGGGCCGGGGAACGCCAAAAAGGUGGUGGAGAACGGCGCUUUGUUGUCAUGGAAGCUCGGCUGCUCCCUGGACCAGAGCACGGUCCCAAAUAUCAACAGUGUCCAGGGUCCUGCGAAAGAAGGCUCCAUGUCAGCCAAGCUGGGCUACCCGGUGGUGGGGUGGCACAUCGCCAACAAGAAACCCCACGUCCCGAAGCGGGUCAGGCGCCAACUAAACAACACCCCCACCCCUGUUCUGGCAGUGGUUCCUCCAACGUCCGUAGUGGAGCCUCCGGUGAGGAUUAUUCCAACCAUCUCCUCUCCCUCUAUUGCUGCCCCAACUGAAAGCUCUGCUCCCCCUGUGAGAGGCCCCGUUCCCCUCCCGGGCAAGCCUACAAUUAGAGUUCGGGACCCCAUUAACCAUACCCCCACCAUGGGACCCCCUCAACCAACAAGGGUAAUGGAAACCACCAGCACCCUUCCAAUCCAGCCAACCAUGACCAGACCGACUUUUGUGGAGGCCACUGCUACACCACCUUCACCUACGAGAAGACCUACCAAGAAACCCAAGAGACCCAAAACCACACCAGUGCCAAGAGAGACAAAGACCUCCACAGCUAAGCCGUCCAGGCGUACUACACCAUCCCCGGCCGUUGUCCCGGACCCGUACAAUGAGAAACCCGUCCUGCGUAACCCAAUCGACCAGGUCAAUGCUUUGGUGGGCACCUAUUUCGAAGUAAAAAUCCCAUCGGAUACAUUCUUUGAUAAAGAGGACGGGACAACUGACAAGCUGCGACUAACUUUGAGACAGAACCACAAUGAAGUGGUUGGCGAGGGUUCGUGGAUCCAGUUCAACACCACCAGCCAACUUCUCUACGGCCUGCCUGAUUCCCAGCAUGUGGGGAAACACGAAUACUUCAUGCAGGCCACUGACAAAGGUGGCCUGAAAGCGAUGGACGCUAUAGAGGUCCGCGUGAACCGCUGGCCCGCCAAUGAUAAGACCCCUGUGAUCUUUACGGCCCGAUUUGAAGGAGAGCCGCGUUCAAUUACAAACGACAUCCACAAGAAGAUCCUUCUGGUGAAAAAGCUGGCGUUGGCACUUGGGGACCGCAACAGCAGUACAGUCAGUCUACGAAACAUCACCAAAGGGUCGAUAGUGGUGGAGUGGACUAACACGAGCCUCCCGCAUCACCCUUGUCCAAAGGAACAGCUCACAGUGAUGAGCAGGACGCUCGCCAGUGCUGACGGAAAACCCUCGCCGAAAUUGAGGGACUUCAUGGAACCUGAAUUCAGACCAUUGGAUGUUAAGGUCAAAGGAAGGGCCAGCUGCAGAACGUAUUCCUUCAUCCCGCCUGGAGAGAUUGAAAUACCAGAACCUCCAGCUGUCACUCCAGCAAUGGGAACCGGCCGGCAGAGCACUGAUGACGUCUACCUCCACACGGUCAUUCCUGCCGUGGUUGUGGCGGCCAUCUUGUUGAUAGCGGGCAUAAUUGCGAUGAUUUGCUACAGGAAGAAACGGAAGGGCAAGCUGACCAUCGAGGACCAGGCCACCUUCAUCAAAAAAGGGGUGCCGAUCAUCUUCGCAGAUGAGCUCGAUGACUCUAAGCCACCUCCAUCUUCCAGUAUGCCCUUGAUUCUGCAGGAAGAGAAGCCCCCACUCCCGCCGCCGGAGUACCCCAACAUGGCCACGCCAGAGACCACGCCCCUGAACCAGGAACUUCUCGGGGAGUACACAGCUCUGCGGGACGAGGACCCCAACGCGCCUCCCUACCAACCACCGCCUCCCUUCACCACUCCCAUGGAGGGCAAGGGUUCACGUCCCAAGAACAUGACCCCCUACAGAUCGCCACCCCCCUACGUGCCACCUUAAGACUCGUUUAACCCUCCUCUGAUCGGGGGAAGGGAACGGAUGCCUGAGGAACAGUGACGGUUUUCAUUCUAGUGUUGGUCUGUCUGGACAUUUACAGGGAGAGAUGAAAAGAGGUGCUAAAAUACAAAACAGCUACAGGGGACUUUGGUUUUUGGGGGGGAGGGGGAGAGAGGUGAUUGGUUGAAACAGCUGGGAGGAACUACUGUUUUAGUGGUAGCCCAGCUCAUACAGUGGCUUAAGACAAAUGGUCGUCAGGUUGUCUUUUUGGAUCGACCGGUUGGUCAGAAGCGACGAUGGAGAUCGGGAGACGUGCUCUCCUUUCCCAGCCUUUCAUUUGUUUCUCUGUUCAUUUAAAACACAGUUUUUCAUCAUUAUCCCAUUAUAAGUCUUUCUUUUCUGGACUGAAUCGUUUGCCUAACAACUCGUCUUUUGGUCUUGCUUUUUAAAUAAAACGAGAAGACAGUGGACGGCCAUCGGUGCACUGCAGGCAACACCUUCGUUGUUUUUUUUUAAAUAACGAGAGGAGGAUUCUGUGAAUGUGAAAAAAGCUCUCACGAGGAUCUCAGAUCAGCCCUGCAGACAACACGAGGGAAUGGGAGGCCGAGGAGUGUGUGUCUGAGUGUGUGUGUCUGAGUGUGUGUGUGUUUAUUCAGAUUCAAUACGGUUUGCCUUUUAACACUUGUCUGUUUCUAUCCUUAAUCACAAUGUCUAUUAAAGGUGAAUGAAUAACAACGUAGCCUAAAAAAGGAUUUAGAGAAUAAUAAUAAUAAUUAAUUUGUUUGUUUUUGGGGUUUUAAAAUUCACUGUAUAUCUGGAAGAUGUUCUGUUAGAUUGUGUUAUAUUUUCUUCGUGGUGGGAGAAAGGGACUGCUUUGCUAAAAUAACCUGCAGAGUCCUUUUUAUUCCUGUUUUCUGGUAGAACGUCUACAGUCCGUGACUUUCCUCUCGGUUUCCCCCGUCCCCUCCGCUGCAGCAAAGCUGGGUGGGAUGGGGUUAAUGUGAGAAAACAUGACGCACUGUUUUUGCACGAAAGAGAUUAUAUAAAUAACUUGUAAAUGCAGAGUUUUGAUGUGGAUUUGGAUGCAAAAUGUAUACUUUUAUGCAGAUUUCAGUACAUGGAAUUUGACGUCAGUUCGGCAAAAGUGUCACAAAACUCCAGUAAAACUUAAACGCCAUGUCUAGAGCUGCACUAUACGAAACUAUUUUAAAGUCAAAAUUGUCAAUUGUCACGUCCCAAAGGGCCCACCCAGUUUUAAGUGCACAUCUCUCACCGUGUGUUGCCUAUAUUAAAUGUCUGAGUGGACAAAAAGGACAUGCGGAGUUCCCCAAGGCUCCAUUCUGGGGCCUCUACUGUUGGUUUGAGUUAAUUGGUUUAAUACUUGGACUGCAGCUUGUUUAAUGAAUAUCUUUGAGUUGUGGACAAAACAAGACAUUGGAGGACAUUGUCUUGUGUGUCACCCCCCCCCCCCAUUUUUCUGACAUUUUAUAACCCAAAGAACUAAUCCAAUAAGAGAAUGAACAACAUCUUUAGUUGCAGCCCUAAACAUGUCUGUCUUUUUCUACAUUCAUACAGUACCUUUACAAACAGGAACAGGACUCCCUCAGUUUAUUUUGGACCAGGGAUAAUUAUUUUUUUAUGCAACGAGGCAGUCCUCUCCCCCCCCCCCCCCCCCCCCCCCCCCCCGUCAGCGGAGACCUUUUGCGUGCCAUAGAGACCGUCCCAGAUGGGAUUGUACAGAAACAUUUUAGAGGAGAUGAUUGAGAUUUAGAAGGAAGAAAGUACCUCGAAUUUCAACAAUUUUGCUCGCUGAAAUAAAUAAACGGUCUACAAAAAAAAAUCUCCUAAUUUUUUUACCAAGUUUUUGAUACAGACUCAAAUUUUUUGAUUUAUUAAAAAGAAAAUAACCUGAUUAUUAAUAAUUAGUCUUUUGUGAUUUGUCAAAUCUUAGCCUAGAAGUUUGACUAUGAUUCAAUUAUGUAUGCGUUUUCUUUUUCUUUUGUGACACGGGUCACAUAUUUCAAGUGUUUUAUUUCAUUGUGUGUGUGUGUGUGUGUGUGUGUGUGUGUGUGUGUGUGUGUGUGUGUGCGUUUGUGUGUGCGCGCAUAUCAAAUUGUAUCUCCCACUAUACAAAGAUGGAAUGACCCAUAUUUUAUGUAAUCACAGUUUAUUUUUAUGUCCUGUUAUGUUUGCUAAUGAGUUUCAACUGAAAGUGACCCUUUGCAAUAAUAAUGUAAGGCGCGGUUGCCCCGGCAACCGGCCGAUGCAGCUCGACUGACUCGUAUUGUCAUAAUAUUGUUGGUUUUUGCAGAAUGCCAAGGCUUUUUUGCUUAUCAAGUGUGCAUUGUCAUAAUAAAACCAACAGGUACGAUAAAAACAAA